AUAAAUAUUGGUUCAACCAUUUCCAACUCAUUUGGUGGCAAUCAAACCCUUCAGUUCGUUUUUCCCGUGCAAAUCGAAACAAUUUCAAGGAACGGAUAUACAAUUUCGAACAAAUGCAUGAAUUUGCAAACAAAAAAGAGUCGAAUUUGUUCUCGCACUCAUAUAUUUAUGUUUUGGCUGCCAAAAGAACAUGUUUCACAUUAAACCACACGAGAAUGCCGCUGAUGCUCUCGUAAAACGUCAAAGGAUGAAAAUGAUAAAAAUGUCUACUAAUGGAGAUUUUAUACCCUUAAAAUGGAAUUGGGCCGAAACUUGGUGCUCUGUGCCUGGUAGCUUUCAAGAAUAUUUCCAACGCAUCUACAAUUUCCAAGUAAACCAUGAUGACAUCUUCAUAUCGACAUUUCCCAAAUGUGGUACUACUUGGAUACAGGAAGCCACUUGGUUGUUGCUGAAUAAUUUGGACUAUGAAACGGCUAAUAGAAUCCAUCUCGUAGAUCGCAGCGUAUAUAUGGAUUUGAGCCUGCUAUAUGACACCUUCCAUGACGAUAGCAUCACAGCGGCCAUGCAGUUGAAGUCACCGCGUUGCAUUAAAUCUCAUCUGCCAGCGCAUUUGCUACCUCAUCAAAUUUGGCAGAAGAGAGUGAAGUUGGUUUACUGCGCUCGCAACCCAAAAGAUGUCGUUUUGUCUUACGGCCAUUUUCUGCGCAGCAAAGGUGCCUACGGUGGCAGUAUGCAGGAAUUCAUCGAUGACUUCUUAAAUGCAGAAUCGGCAUACACACCUUUUUGGCCGCAUGUAUUUACCAUGUGGCAAAUGCGCUCAGAGCCGAAUGUAUUUUUUACCACUUUUGAAGAAAUGAAACGCGAUUUGAGGGGUGUAAUAAAACGAUUGAAUGAAUUCUUAGAAAAACCAAACUUAAGUGAAGCGCAAAUGGAGAAACUGUUAAAUCAUCUGUCGUUCGAAAAUAUGAGAGCAAAUCAGCAGGUGAAUCCCACUAAAAUAAUUAAAAAUACGGAUGAUCGUUCCAACGUUGAAGCUGAUUUCCAAUUUAUGCGUCGUGGCAUAGUUGGUAGCUACAAAGACGAAUUGUCUGAAACGAAUCAGCGGCGCUUGAAUGAAUGGUCAGCGCAGUUCUUGCAAGAAUUUAAUUUGACUGCAGCUGAUAUUUUUGGCGAUUUCUAGAUUUUUUUUCAUUAAAGUGUCAAUGGAAAGAGGAUUUUGUUUAAUAACAUUUAAGUAUUUGAAAUAAAAAACGUAUUAGUGGAACAAACAAUUUUCAAUUAUU